AUGGCAGGUCUGGUGAGCCCGUCAGGCCUGUCAAAUGAUUUGACUCUUCUGGACAAUAUCGACUCCGACUCGGUCGUUGACAUUCUCGACAAGCGAUUCCAAACUGCCAGUCCUUACACUUACAUUGGCGAAGUCGUUGUUUCGAUCAAUCCCUACCGCCAGCUGAAUAUUUACGGAAACGAUGUUAUCAACGAUUACAGAGGCAGAGAAAUGUGGGAAAAGCAGCCGCACAUUUUCGCGCUCGCUGAAUCUGUUCAUCAAACUAUUAAGCGACAAGGAAAGAAUGCCUGCGUAAUCAUUACCGGCGAAUCGGGCUCUGGGAAAACCGAAGCUUCCAAAAUCGUGAUGAAAUACCUGGCUGCAGUUUCUUCCCAAAACGAUAAAGCAGAAAUUGAGCGCGUCCGUGACAUUCUUCUCCGAACAAACGUGAUUCUCGAGAGCUUUGGAAAUGCGCGAACCGGGCGAAAUGACAACUCUUCUCGAUUUGGCAAAUACAUGGAUAUUUCUUUCGACUUCAAGGGGACGCCAAACGGCGGGAACAUCCACUCAUAUCUUCUCGAAAAAUCGCGAGUUGUUCAACGAUCCGCUGGAGAACGAAACUUUCACUCAUUUUAUCAACUUCUUGCCGGGGCAAACGACCAGCUGUUGACGUCGUUAUCGCUCAACAGGAGCAUCGCUGGUUAUCGCUACACAAAAGGGGACGAUUCUCAGGCAAUGAAGGUCGGCAGCGGCCCUGGCACUGAUGAUCGCAAAUUGUUUAAAGAUGUGGAAAUGGCGAUGAAAAACGUCGGCUUCCAGGAGCACGAGAUCAAGAGUGUUUGGCGAUUGAUGUCUGCGAUUCUUCACAUGGGAAACGUGAAUUUUCACGACGAUGGGGACAGCGCUGCGGUUUCCAACGAAGGCGAUCUAGCCCGAGUCGCCAAACUGCUGGACGUUGAUGUUCAAGCUCUGAAAGAUGCGCUCACUUCCAGAACUGUUUCUGCUGGAGGAGAUAUUAUCAGCGCAAAACACAGUGCUGAGAAAGCUGAGCAUGGAAGAGAUGGUUUUGCCAAGGCAAUUUAUGAACGAUUGUUUAGUUUUAUUGUUGGAAAAAUCAACUCGAAAAUCCAGGUUGACAAACGACAUACGCAAUGCGUUAUCGGCGUGUUGGAUAUUUACGGUUUCGAAGUUCUGGGCAUCAAUUCCUUCGAGCAGCUUUGUAUCAACUAUGCUAACGAAAUGCUCCAGCAGUUGUUUAUCCAACUUGUUCUCAAGCAACAACAAGAAGAAUACAUCAGAGAAAACAUCAGCUGGGUUGAUGUUCAAUACCACAACAACGAGCCAAUUUGCCAGUUGGUCGAGGGUCGCAGAGGAAUGCUCGCUCUUUUGGAAGAUGCUGCUGGCGGUGGACUGGGAAAAGCCACUGAUGAUGGUCUCUUGGAAACUCUCGAUUCUCAAUUCAAGUCGAAUAAAUUCUACACUUCUCGACGAAACGAUCCCCAAGACAAAACGCUGGAGCACGGCCACCAGUUCCGAAUCCGUCACUAUGCCGGAGACGUGACUUAUUCAAUCAAUGGCUUCAUCGACAAGUCGAAAGAUUUAGUGUUUCAGGAUUUCAAGCGACUGCUCUUCAGCUCCAAGCAACCUGCUAUUUCUUCAAUGUGGAAAGACGGCGCACAGGCGAAAAGUAUCGUCACCAAAAGGCCGCCUGCUGCCGGAACGCUUUUUAAACAAUCCAUGCAGGAGUUGAUCAAGAAUCUUUCAUCCAAAGAGCCUUUCUACAUUCGAUGCAUCAAGCCAAACGAAAUCAAAUCCGCCCAACGAUUCGACACCAAUAGAGUGAAGCAUCAAGUCGCAUAUCUCGGUCUGGUUGAAAACAUUAGAGUCAGAAAAGCUGGUUUCGCUGUUCGUCAACCUUACCAUAGAUUCCUACAGCGUUAUAAACUUAUCUGUAAAGAUACCUGGCCGAACCACAGGCUGGGCAGUGAUAAGAAAGCGGUAGAAGUCUUAUGCAAUUCGUUGAAGAUCAAAAAGGAUGAAGACGUCGCCUAUGGAAAUUCGAAACUGUUUAUUCGCUCAGCAAAGACACUAAAUCUGUUGGAAGCGCGCCGAGAGGUCAAAAUUGUCGACGUCAUUAUUUUCCUGCAGAAGCAUUGGCGACGAACUCUGGCGCAAAUCCGCUACAAGAAAAUGCGAGCGCUCAUGACAAUCAUCGAAUAUUACCGAAAAUUCAAGCUGAGGCGCUACAUUUCCGAUCUGGAGAAAAAGUUCAGAAAUGUUCGACAAUUGCCGGACAAGGGAAAAUCCAUCGCUUGGGGGGCCCCUCCAAAAGCGAUCGUAAGCACUGUCGAUUACUUCAAAUUGGUUUAUCGCCGCUGGUGCGCUCAUUUCGUUAUCAGCAGAUUGCCGAAGGAAGAACAUGAAGGGGUGAAAAUGAGAGCAUCGAUUCUGGAAGAAUAUCUUGCCACGGGCCGCCAGGGCUGGCAACACGGACAGUGGAAGACAGAUUACAUCGACAAUCCAGAAUUCAAUAUGGCCGUUAGUACAUUGAGAACAAAAGAAAAAGAGGGACUUGGAAGGCUGCAAUUCGCCGCUGAAGGCCUGAAACUGUCUUCAAAAGCAAAGGGAACUCCUCGCGCCCUGCUGAUAACAGACAAAUUCGUGUUGAAAAUGGAUUCGACAAAGAAAUAUAAAGUGAUGGACAAGAAGCCUGUGAAAGAAACAAUCACGGGGAUUUCUGUUUUCACCGAUCCAGCCAGUAAAUCAGUCGUUCUUCAUUGCGAUGGCCGAAACGACUUGGUAAUGGCUUUCGACUCCGGAAACCCUGUGGAAUUAACAGCUGUUUUGCGAUACAAGCUCAAUGUCCAAAAGGUAGCCGUUCAAAACCGAAUUCCAAUCACAGUCGAGAAGAAAUCGUCGAGUCUAACCCGCGAAGCUUCGAUAGACCAAUCUGCAUCAUUCCAAAAACGCGGCAAUGACGUCGCAGUUCUCGAUUAA